GGGGAAAUGGAUAAACUGACCAUCAUCUCAGGAUGUCUCUUUCUGGCCGCCGAUAUCUUCGCCAUCGCCAGCAUCGCCAACCCGGACUGGAUCAACACCGGGGAGUCCGCGGGAGCACUCACUGUGGGCCUCGUGCGACAGUGUCAAACAAUCCAUGGACGAGACCGGACGUGCAUCCCACCUCGGCUUCCCCCAGAGUGGGUCACCACACUGUUUUUUAUCAUCAUGGGAAUCAUUUCAUUGACUGUCACAUGUGGUUUGCUGGUGGCUUCCCACUGGCGGAGAGAAGCUACAAAAUAUGCUCGAUGGAUAGCAUUCACUGGAAUGAUCCUUUUCUGUAUGGCUGCCCUAAUAUUUCCGAUAGGAUUUUACAUCAAUGAAGUCGGAGGUCAACCUUAUAAAUUACCCAACAACACAGUAGUUGGGUCAUCAUAUGUACUUUUUGUCUUAUCAAUUUUCUUUACAAUAGUAGGACUUCUAUUUGCUGGCAAAGUUUGUUUACCGGGCUGAUGAAUGUCUAAAUUGCUCAACUCUUUUAUUAUUUUUUAUUUUAUUUUAUUUUUUUAUUUUUGGAGGGGGGAGGACAAAGGCAAGGCAUCUAAGUAGUCCUCUCAUAGGAAGAUGCUUAGAUGAAAUUGAUGCUGAAAAGGAAAAAAAAAAUGCUUUGAUUUGUUCUCACUAUGCACUUUGGAUUUAAAAACAAAACAAACAAACAAACAAACAAAAAUGAGAGCCUUUUCCAUAACCAAAUACAGACAAUAUUGACUAAAUCUCCUGAGCAUAUUCAGGCGCAGUCAGGUCUGCACUGUGAUAGCAACCUAGUGAAGGAGAAUGCUUUAUACUGAAAAGCAUGUGGCCCUUUGUGACUCUGUUGUUCCGUUUUUAACGUCUAAUGAUUAAUUGAGGGGAAAAGAAGUCUAAGUAUUUAUGAAUCAUGGUGGACCAGAGGGUUACAAGAGAAGUUCAUGUGGGGCUGGCCUCACCUAAGAAAUUAGUGUUCAUAGCUUCCUUGUAAUGAUAUGAGCCUUUGGCACCAGAAUGAUUUGCUGUUGCAUUACUGCACCAAGAAGCCAAUAGAUCAAAACUUGUUUGCUAAAAUGUCUGUAAAAAUCCUGAAAUUCCCUAUUCUCUGUGUACAAAACAAAACAAAAAAAUCAAACACUAAGAAACAUGUUGUUGGGG